AUGGUUAUGGCUAGACUCCAGAAGAGCAACAGAAGUCACCAACUGGCUACCGUCGGUGUCGUUCUGACCUGCGUAGCACUGCUCAGCGAUCAUGACCUUAUCUCUGAUGCAUUUUAUACAUCGAGUCCGAAUGUUCCAGACCAAGCUUUUUUUGGCCCCGCAGGGCGCGCUCACGAAGGUUUUGUGUGCGGACAAGGCUUACAGGCCCCCGUAGUGCUUGGCAACAGUAAUUGCCAGUCAACACUCACACAGACCUUACCCCGGCCGUACCCCGCCGUACCCUGCCGUACCCCGCUACCUCAGCCCUCUCCGUCACGCUCUCCCCUGGGGUUCAAGCUUCAACUGUCCUGA